GUCACAGAGUACACCAAGAGGCAACUAACAGUUCCGCACGAUAUACUUCCUGUCAUCAGCGCCAUAGCAAAGUGCAUCGCUACGCGAACUGGAGGUACAUAUCUCGCCGGCCUCUGGAAGGAAACCCUCCACUUGGAUCUUUUGUGGUGGAUCUCUGAUCCCGAAGAUCCCAUUCAUCAACACGGAGACAGACCAAACUCGUGGCGCGGUCCUUCUUGGUCUUGGAUUGGCGUUCAGGGA